AUGCAUCAUCCUGUAGAUUUACUACAAAAUAUAGAUUCAAAUGGAGUACAACAACAACUACAAAUAGAAUCCUGGGGUUCUGAUAGUAUUCGAAUACGUCUUAGUCCAAAUAUAAUUAUCCAAACUCCAGAUUAUCAAGCAUUACUUCCAGAGAAACUACUCCUAAAUAAAGAAGAUUCUCAACAAUUAAAUAGAAAUACGUUUAUUACUGAUAAUUUGCGAACAUUUUUCUAA